AUGGCAACUGCUGCUGCUGGUGCUGGUCGGCGUGGUGUUCUACCAACAGUGUUAAAUCUUGUGGCUCGUCACCCUCCGGCCGUCCGUCUUAUCGGAGUCGCCCCUAAUUACAUGCGACAUUUCUCUACGAGUGAAGUGAAGGGUCCGAAACCGUGGGGGGAUACUGGGAACGAAUGGGUGCUGGCUGAUGUGUGUAUAGUUCCCAUGGGAGUUGGCACCAGUGUUUCUAAGUACGUCAGCGAAGUUGAAAAAGUUCUAAGGGGCCAUCCGGGGGUAACUACUACACUACAUGGUUAUGGUACUAAUAUAGAAGGGCAGUGGUCGGAUGUUAUGGCGGCUGUUAAGGCAGCUCAUGAAGUGCUUCAUGAGAUGGGUUGUCCUAGAGUGAGUUCUAGUAUGAGAUUUGGUACUCGAAUAGACAAACACCAGACUAUGCAAGAUAAGGUGGAUAAAGUUGAGAAAAUCAUUGCUGCUGAGUCUGCUGGAUGUGACGAGAAGACUAGAGCAGCGUCAUUCAGUAGCGUGCCGACACCUGAGGACUUCGUAAGGAAGUGUAUAGCUAGAUCGCCCUUCUUGGUAGCGUUGAGAGAGGCUAACACUCCCCGGAGGCUGAGGCCACUCACUGUAGAGGAGAUAGAAGGAUUGGAGGCGUCUGGGUGUAGUUCUGAAGACUGGCAGGAGGUCAUGGUUAUAGGGGAAGAGCCAUUGGCUGUGAAGAUGAUAAGGAACUGUACAUUUCAAGGGCGAGUUGAGAUUGGUGUGGUAGAAGGUUCUAAGGUUACUCUCAGUGAUUAUAAUCGUCAUCAGCUACCGUGUGGCAUCACCAAUAGCGUACUACAGGAUGUAGUAGUAGAGGCUGGUACUCUGAUAAAAGACUGUGGCCUUGUUGCUAGUACUGUUGUUCGGAAAGGAGCCGCCCUUAUACGUUGUGGCGUCAUAGAAGGGCCUUCACAAUCCGACUGCUGUAGGUAUGGUAAUGGCCAUACCUUGCCUCUAGCUGAGGAGACUGGUAGCAGAGAAACCCGCCAAUUUGCUGAGCUCUCCAUCGAGAUAGCAGCUAAGGUGGCCUCUGAUAGAAAGCUAGCGGAUGGUUAUCAUAGGGCAGUGAAUGACUAUGUUGCUGCGGUCGAGGCUUGUGGAAAGGGUCGGACGAUUGUGGAAGAGAAUGCAGUGGGAGAGGUGACUGCAUCGCUAAUAGGACCUUUCGUUGGCUUCCAUCACCAAGCCUUGCUGAUUGCAUGCUUCUGGCCGGCCGGUAGAGGAAAUGUGGGGUAUGGCGCCAACGUGGGGUCUAAUCAUACGGGCAAGGCCCCUGACCAGGAGAAUUGGCCUGGGGAAGGGACAUUCUUCGGCUUGGCGUCCAAUAUAAAGUACCCUUUCAACUUGGUGGAUGCGCCGUAUUCUCUUAUUGCUACUGGAGUCAGCUGUUUGCCGCAAGCGAUAGGGUUACCAUUUAGUCUGGUGAACGAGUCAACGGAGCACAUCUCGGGUCUUUCUCCUGCUAUCAAUGAGGUUACACCAGGAUGGAUGCUCAGCGAUAAUAUGUAUUCGCUCUUCCGAAAUGAAGCCAAGUUCGAAUCCCGGCAGGGGAAUCUUCCUAAAGAUGGGGUUAUGUAUCAAUACUCAGUGUUCCGACCAGAGAUAAUGGAUAGAGUUGUCAAGGCUCGUGAUGCUUUGAAGGCUGUGGAUCCUAAGGAUGCCCGUCUGAGGGACGCGAAGGGCCGAGCAGUUUAUACUGAUAAACAGAUCGCCAUCUUGGGCAAGAACUGGAUGAAUGACUCGGCUCGACUCACUGCCAUCAGAACCUAUUCGACAUUCCUUCAAUGGUAA